GCUGAGAUACUGCAGUUACUCAGAAGACAGGGUUAUUCAAGAAUCAAAUAUUAUGAUCUUGGUCUAUCUCCUCCUACACUGGAUGUCAUCAUGCUAGAUCAUAAAGGAGAUAUUGAGAGCUGCUUACGUGAGUGUCUCGCUAAAUGGUUACAGAAAGCUGAUAAUGUACAGGAGACUAAAGGUGGUCCUACUAUCUAUUCAUUGGUAUCAGCAUUAAGGGAAUUAGGAGAGAAUGGAGUAGCUGAUGGAAUAGAUAUGGAGAAGCAUCCUGCUUGUAAAAUUCUUGCUCGUCAUACCUCACACCAAUCUCUUGUGACAGCAUUACCUUCAUUGGCUGCAUUGCUGUAUUGGGAGUAUGUUAUAAAGGAGGAGAUACUAAGUAUCAGCAUAGAGGUUUAGCUGGUUCAAAUAAAGGAAGCUGUUUGUACUGAACAUUUCAAACUUGAAGUGUUUGCUGGUAUUUUAUGUCAAUUCAAAGCCACUGCUGAGAUAGGAAAUACUAUUAUGAGAGAAUACAGAAACAUCUUUUUCAGUGAUGAUCUCAUUGACAAUGGCAAAGUCCUGAAAAUAUAUCUACCUAUGAGUGUUACUUCAGAGUUUAAGAUGAUGCGAUUGAAGCUUGCACAUAUCUUCUUUGAAGUGGGAUCAAUCAUGAUGAGCAAUCCUCAGUAUCCAACCAUCAGUUAUUUCAAAUAUGUACUGGGUUUAUAUGAUGAAGCAUUAAGGCCACAAUUAGCUCAGUGUCGGGAUGUCCGUGAAAUUUUACAAUUAGUUUUUUAUCAUUGUCAACUUGAUGAUAUUACCCCACUGGAGUAUUUCAUUAAUCAGUUCAAUAUAGAGGAGGCUAAGCCAGUUAUUGAGGAAUACAAAAAGGCUGUUGAUGAGUUUAGAGAAGUGAAACUUAGCCAGUGUUUGAAUCAACUGUUUUUGUAUGGUUCGCCACUUAAGUGUGAAGAGAUUACUAUUGUCAUUGAUAAAGAUGCUCAAGACUUUACACUUAAAGAUGUUAAGAGAUUGUCAUCAGCUGUAUUUAAAAGCUUAUCGCAACAUGUCAGGUUAAUUGUUAUUAGAGAGAGCAGUUCUUUCACUAUCAUUUGUUCCUUCCCAUUGAUUCUAUCUGAGCAGUUAAUUACAAUUGCUCUUAAUAAUAUUGAUGUAUUGAAAGAAAACAAAGUGAAAAAAUUAACCAUUGGAUACUGCACUGUGUAUGAGGUAAAAAUUGAUGAUGCUUUCACUUCAACUAUAUUGAGAUCAGAUAAAGAGCAAUAUCAUACCACAUCAAUAUCAGCUAGUAGUGAUUUAUCAAAACAAUUGAUGUUAUCAUUGAAUGUACAACUAAUUAAUAGUAAAGAAGAAGUUAAUGCUUUGAAUGAGGAAAAUAAGAGACUGAUGACAGAAGCAGAGUCAUUGAAGGACUUACUAGAUACUAAAAAUAAGAUCAUUUGUGCCAGAAUAAUAGAGUAUGACAUGUUUAAAAGAAAAGCAGAGGAGUAUAGGGAGAAAAAUGACAUAUUAGAAGAGCAACUUGCUUUAUUUCAGUCAGAGAAAGAAAGUAAAGUGGCUGAUGAAAUACCAGCCUAUAAAGUACAAAUUUUUUUCGAAGAUUUAAAUGUAAAGUUACCUCGCAUUGCCGGCUCCUUUAAUACAAUAAUUACUGAAACUAAAGUACUGGUAGAUGAAGCAACAGAUGGCCUAGAGGUAAUGCGUAGAUACAAGGAAGUGAGGCAAAUACCUCAAGUAAAGGAAUCUGUUAAAUGUUUGAAGAAUGCUAUUGCAGCAGUUUACACAUAUCUUGAUAAAGUUAAUGGCCUGUAUCGGAUACUUGAGAAGCAGAUUCCUGAUAUAAUAGAAGACAUUGAGAGUGAAGAAUUGAGGGGUAUCGAAUUAUUAGCUUCUAAAAUUAACAAAAUAGUUCAAUCUUGCAAAAAUGAUUAUACAACACUUGUUGAGUGUUUUAGGGAAUUUGCUACUAGUAUCAAUGUAGCUCAAAUUGAGUUAACAAGACUCAAAGAGGAAGCAGAAGCUAAAAGGAGAAAUGCAAUAGCAAUAUCUGCUGCUGCAGCUACUACAGGAUUAGUACUAGGUAUAUUUACUCUUGGAGCUGGAGCAGUUGCUAGUGCAGCAUCAACUGCAGCAAGAGCUGCUGCUAUAACAGCCUUGGCAUACUCUAUAGCAGCAUAUGGUACUGCAGUUGAGUCAUUUGAUAAGACCAGCAGUAAAAGAUUUAAGGCUGAUCAGUAUGAACUGAUCCAGAAUAUGAUAGAUGGGAUUAAUCAAAUGAUGAAAGAGAAUGCAAGAAUAGGGAGAAUGACACCCAAUGAACGUACAAAUCUUGGAAUGACAAUGAGGUCCACUCUGGAAGAAAGUGUCAAGUUAUACAAGGAAACAUCUUGUGGAUUAGAAAGUACUGAAAGGAUUAAGAACACUUUCACUAGAGAAGUUGACAAUACAUUUUAUGAUUAAUUAUUGAUUGUGUUAAUUACAUAAACUGCAAUAUAGUGUUGCAAAUUGCGUGUUAGUGGUGAUUUUACU